CAAAAACUUAAACUUAUUUUUGAGAUAAAGUCCCAUUCCAUCCGUCAAAUCGCUCGUGCCGAACACCCCCAAGUCUCCGCCUAGUUAGACGAACUAACAGAGGGUUGUUGUCUCAACAAAAAUGGAGUUCAUCGACGAUUAUGAUGAAAGCAGACCCAGGCUCAUCUUCCAAUCCCGCCCUGUACCUUCAUCAUCUUCCAUUGAUUCACCUCAAAAUUCCCAGAAAAAUAAGCCAUUAAUCAUCUUAUUUAUCUCAUUAUCUCUUCUUUUUCUGACUUCCUCCCUCUUUUUUAUCCGAUCACAGUUCCUCCAAUCUAUUUUCAUCUGGUUUUCUCUUUCUCUUCUCAUUGGUCCAUUUGCUCCACUAUCCAUCACUGGAGGAGAUAUUCGAGUCGGUCAAGGAAAAAUCGUUGAAUUCCCUCUUCAAACAGACACCGUCGAUGAUGAUUUCGAUGAAUCCAAGAAAAAAUGGCCCAAUAAAAGAAACCGAGGCAAGAGAUCAGAUCUUGAUGGGGUCAGCUCAAAUGGGUCUUUUAAUUUUGUGAAAAAUAGUGAGAAGAUUUCAAAAUCGGAGGAUUUUAGGGUUGACUCUAAGGAAAAUGAUAAACAGAUUUUGAAUUCAAAGAAAAAUGUUGAUGGGGCUUUGAUUGCAGAGAAAGAAUGGAGUGAAGAAGAUUUGGGUUUCUUAAGAAAGCUAGUUAUAAAGCACCCAGUUGGGAAACCUAGAAGAUGGGAGGUAAUUGCUGACGCAUUCAAGGGUAAGCAUAGUGUAGAGAAUGUUAUUAGUAAAGCUAAGUCAUUAGGGAAGGAAAAACCGGUAGAUUCCGAUUCAUAUUCGAAGUUUUUGAAGGAUAGAAAGGCAGUUGAUAAGAGGGUUGAAGGUGGGAAUGUGGGAAUGGGUAAUGGAGACUGUAGUGGGGAGGUAAAUAGUUGGAGUUCUAAUGAAGAUAUUGCAUUGCUUAAUGCAUUGAAAUCAUUUCCAAAAGAUGUAUCAAUGAGGUGGGAGAAGAUUGCUGCUGCUGUUCCUGGGAAAUCUAAAGCUGAGUGUAUGAAAAGAGUUUCAGAGUUGAAGAAGGAAUUCAGGAGCUCUAAGGCUUCCACUGAGAGCUAGUUUGAUGGGAUUACAUAGCUUAGGAAGAACAAAUAAUCUGUUGCUAAAAAAGCAAAAUAGGUCGAGUCAAGACCGAGUUCUCUUGUUCAUAUAGUGUUUAAAUCUUAAUUAUACAUUAGAUCAUAUGGAUAUGGGAUGAGGGGGCUUGAUGAAUUCUUAAACUCUCUUAGGUUUAGGAAGGAAUAGCUUUUAAACUGUAAUAAUGUAUUUGACUAGAAAGUGAUUAUAGAUGUAUUUACUCAGUUGUUGUGCACGCAUGCACAACUAAAAUACUUCGUUCUGAAAUACUUACUACAUUACUCUUAUUGGUAUUUAUUCAUCGUUCAAGGUUAUUUUAUUUAUUGUGGUUAAUGUGUAAGAAAAAAUAGUCAAGUAGGAUCAUGUUUGAAUCGUCUGAUCACUUAUUUUCUUGAUAUUAACAUUUUAUAAUUUUUAGUAUGCAUAAUUCAAUAUAUAAAUGAUUAAAAUAACUCAUUAGAUUGCAUAAAAUGUCAAAUGGAACUAAAAUAGUAUAUAUCCCUUGAAAUUUAAUGAUUACAAUUUAAAUAUGUAUCAUUACACAUACUAUUAUUGCUUAUUAAUAAUUAAUAUCAUAAUUCCCUAGAAAAUUAAUCCCCUUCCCAAAAUAUCAUAUU